AUGCAGAAUGAUAAUAAAACACAAAACAACUACUACAUUCCACUUGUUAUUUCACAGGAGCACCGCGGGGCAUCAACGGACACACAUAAAACGAGAAAGAUGGAGUAUAUAGAAGUUUCUGAUCCUGAUGUUGAUCCAAUAAAAGAGCCAGUAACAAAAAGCUACAUACAUGUUGCAUCUAAACGUCCACUAUCCUCCCGUACACUGUAUGAUUGUAUGCGUGAGCUGAAAGACAGUGAUGAAGAGGCUGUGGUUUUUAUGAAACCAGAUGGAACUCGAAAAGGCAGUAUAACGUACAAGAGAUGGAUAGCUCUCUCUGAAAACUUGGCUGUGUCCCUUAUUGACCUCGGUGUUCGGCCCGGUGAUAAAGUAGUCGUAUGUAUACCAAACUGCGAGGAGAACAUCAUCAGCAUCGGAGGCUUACUCCACUGUGCGGCAUUGCCUGUUUUUACUUCAUUUGAACUUAGAAGUGGUGUAGAUAUUAUUGAGAUGGUCAAAGAUGUUGAUGCUAAAAUUCUCAUUGCGUAUAUCGGAAAAGAUACGUCUAAGAAAGCAAUUGUGUCUGAGGUGUUUUGCAAAGUUCUUCAAGGUGAUGUUGAUCCUUCUAUGCCCAAAUUUAGAUACGUUAUCAGUGUAGGAGAUACUCUUGACGGUUCACUUGAUUUUAAUGACUUAAUUCAACCAAAAACAAAUGAAGAAAAUACAAAAUUUGCAGCUGCAAAUAAUCAAGUGGAUAUGGAUAGCCCAUGCUGGGUAAAUUCAACAUCUGGAAGCACGGGAACGCCUAAGCAUGCUCUCAUAACCCACAAAGGUAUAGUUAAUUAUACAACGUAUAUAAGCAGACGCCUGAACAUCGGAUCAGAGCGCAAUAUCACGUUUAAUGAUCGACCAUUUUCUUGGUCUGGUGGGACCAUAUCACUUGGAUUUGUCCUUGCUGCUCAAGAAAAACUGGUAACCAUUGAUGCUCGCCAAACCGUUCGAAAUCAGAAUUCUGUAACUGUAUUGAAAAUUCUGCAGAAUGAGAAGGUGACACAUGCCUUGUUAAUGCCCUACAUGCUGUAUGAUGUCGUCAACAUGGACGAACAUACUGUUAAAAAGUUCGAUCUUACGUCAUUUAAGGCGGUGUGGUCGGGAGGGCAGAGAAUGGAUCCCAUAAUUAUUGAUGCGUUCAAAUCUCGUAUACCGGUAAGAUUCUGCAUUGUCUAUGGUCAAGCAGAAAACAUAGAGGCCACCCUUACAUUUCCAUCAGGAGAAUAUGCUAGACAACACGAAACGGUUGGAUAUGGGCUACCACAUGUCGAAAUAGCCAUAAAGGACGAGACAAAUACGAUUGUACCUAUAAACACAAGGGGUGAGAUUUGUACGCGAGGUCCUGGCAUUUUUGCUGGCUACUUGAAUAAUAGGGAGAAAACCCUUGAAGCGUUUGAUUCAAACGGAUGGCUACACUCCGGCGAUAUAGGCAUCAUGACGCCUUACGGCUACCUUAAAGUCGUCGGUCGAAUGAAAGACAUUAUAAAGCGCGGAGCUGCUAUGGUAUAUCCUGGAGUGAUUGAAAGAGUUAUCAAUGAGCAUCCUAGUGUAAACCAAGUACACAUAAUUGGUGUACCAGAUCCAAGACUAUAUGAAGAGCUGUGCGCCUGUAUCCGUGUCCAAGAUGGACAUAGUCUUUCAGUGGAAAAAAUUAAAACCUGGUGUGAGGAAGUCUUUAUUGAAAGAGUUGACGGGCUCAGUAACGUACCGAGGUAUUACAUUAUAAUGGAGCGUUUCCCUGUCUUGGCGAGUGGUAAGAUAGACAAGAUUACAUUAAAAUCCAAAGCCAUCGCCAAGCUGGGUCUGUAGAUGCACAGGUUCUGAUAAUUCAGUCACAUUUGGACAGUCAAUGACUUGUUUUGUCCAAAUUGACCCACAAGAUUGGAAACUUACCGGGACAUCAUCAGCAACUGUCGGCCAAUAUUUAGACGCCGUACAUGUACCCUGGCCUGUACGGUCACUGGUAGCUUUUUAUGGCACGCUUUCUGAAACAGACUUAUCAGAAGCUACGGUGUAUUUUUUCAUAUAGCAGAAGAUUUUUGACAGAUAUUGUAAAAAUAUUUUACUCUAUUUAGGAAAAUACAUAUUUUCACAAGAGAUAUUCCAAGAAGCCCAGGGGGCUAGUUGAUUGUAAACUUGUGAACGUAUGACAGGUAUCAGACGAAAGUAAAGUGAAAUAUUUGUUUCAUUUUAUCAUUGUCUGUUACUGUCUAUUGAUUCCAUGUUAUUCAACAUCGCUGAUGGCUCUGCACUUCAAAACAAUUAUUAUAGUUUUGUAUUUAGUUCACGCUUUCGCAUAUUUUUCAUGUUUAUAUCCUAGUUUCCACUAACCAAUCAACAAUAACUUUAAUCGAAAUAUAUUUUACUCAAUUAUACUAUUUCCGAUUAAUUUUUAACUUUUUAUCUUAGUUACAGAAAUUCAAAUAUUUUUUCUGCCAUUUUGAUUCACUCUGACCAAAAACAUGGGAGAGGCGGAUAUCGUUAGAUAUUCAAAGCUCGUCUUAACUGAUUAGCAUAGCCAUUGGAUACCGCCGGAUUUAUCAUUAUGUAGCUAGAUAAUGAAAUAAUAAUGACGAGUAUCAUAUAUAACACAACGGUAAUAUCCAGAUUUAGUAUUGUUCGAAUAUUUAACGUGGAUAUAAACAUGCAUACAGACAAACAAACACACCAAAUUCUACAGGAUUGGGCAAAAUACCGAUACCACAAUUUACAUAUUAAUGAUUCAUAUGAUAUGUGUCUCAGCCAUGCAAUGUUUUAUAUAUCAUUUUAAAGAUAAAUCGAUUCCUAAUGAAAUUACACCAUCCAACUGAAAAACCUUUGUUUUCGAGGUUAUAUGUCUCUAUGACAAGAAAUAUGACCGGGUCGGUACAUAACAUGGCACGAUACACAUGUCACUAUGACAUAAUAUAUCAUUUGGCAUAUGCUACGGCAUACCCUUCUAUCUAUGUUGUUACUAGAAAACUGGAUACCUAAAGUGGCAGCAAUUUUGAAAUUCAUGGCCAUUUUGAAAAUUUUACUUAAUUUUGAAGAAAAAAGAAAACCAGAACAACGGCAACGCCAAAGCGUAGCAAAUCCCAUCGAACAGAAAUGGCUGGCAUUUUACGAACAAAAUAU